CGCAUAAGUAGAACCAAGCGUCCAAGCCACAGUUUCUAUUUCUACACUGGAAGUCAAUGGCUUCUCCUUCUUCAAACCCGCAACUUCUCCUAAUACCAUUUUUACCCUCUUCUUUCUCGAUCCCAAAAUUCUGUGUCGUCUCUCCGCUACAGAAUUCGUUGAGGAGGAAAGGGGAUUUGGCCAUGGCUGCUCCCACUGAUUCAGCCAACAAUAACAUUGCAACUGAUAAGCCCGCGAGAUUGGUCACUUUCUUGGGAAAAGGAGGUUCUGGUAAAACCACUUCCGCUGUUUUCGCUGCUCAGCAUUAUGCUAUGGCAGGACUGAAGACCUUCUUGGUUAUACAUUCUCAAGAUCCUACAGCAGAAGAUCUUCUAAACUGUAAGAUUGGCACAUCUCCUCUUCAAUGCAGCCACAAUCUUUCAGUUGUGAGAUUGGAAACUACAAAAAUGCUUCUUAAACCUCUCAAUAAAAUAAAGGAAGCAGACGCUCGUCUUAACUUGACGCAAGGAGUUCUUGAAGAGGUUGGUGGUGGGCCAGGAGCUUGGUGUGCUACCUGGGAUGGAUUCCAUAUUCUCAAUUUUGGAACUUGAGAAGCUAAUAGGAUUCUUUAGAAAUGUCAGUCAAAAGGACAAAUUUGAUGUUAUAAUUUAUGAUGGCAUAAGCACUGAAGAAACCAUUCGAAUGAUAGGCGCAACCAGCAAGGCAAGAUUAUACUUGAAGUAUCUGCGCAAGCUAGCAGAAAAGACUGAUAUUGGAAGAUUGGUGGGGCCGUCAAUCUUGAGACUCGUGGAUGAAGCUAUGAAUUUAAGUAGCAGGAGUUCCAAUCUGAAUGGGAAAACGAGUUCAGAGAUAUGGAAUAUUCUAGAUCAAGCAUUGGAGAGGGGAUCUUCUAUGGUUUCACAACCCGAUAAAUUUAGCUGCUAUGUUGUGGUCAACCCCAAAAGUCCCACAUCAUUGGCUACCGGAUUACGCUACUGGGGUUGCGUUAUUCAAGCAGGGGGGCAGGUCUCUGGUGCACUAGCAUUUGGACCAUCAAAUGAAUCAAGGGAGAGAGUUGAUAAGAGCUUCUCACCUCUGCCUUACACUUUCGUUCCACAUCUCCCUGUAGGGUCUUGCGUAGAAUGGGGUCAUAUAGUGCAGGAUGCUUCGAGUCUGGACGCACGGGAAUUCCUGACUAAAACAAGUAACGGGUCGAAGAUUCAACCCGUUAUGUUUGAUUCUGCCAAUAAAACUAUCACGCUUCUCAUGCCCGGGUUUGACAAAUCAGAAAUCAAACUAUACCAGUUUAGAGGGGGAUCUGAGUUGUUGGUAGAAGCAGGUGAUCAAAGACGUUCCAUUUCCUUGCCUUCUAAGCUUCAAGGGAAAGUUGGAGCUGCCAAGUUUACUGAUAGAAGUCUUGUUAUAACCAUUAGAUAGGGGAAAAAACAGCUUUCUUUUUCUUUUGUUGCUUUGGGGCUCAAGUGCCCUUGUACACACAUUUCAGGUACCACAGCACAUGAUGAUGAGAUGUAUUUCCACAAAUCCAUCAAUUGAUAAUGUGUUUUCUGUUUAGAAACUCAUGACUCAUGAGCGUAUUUGUGGGUCUUUGUUUAAAGUCAUGUUUGUUGUAUUAACCUGCAUAUUUCAAAAGUUCGAUUUUUUGCAGUAAUUUUUAAAAUACACCGGGAUGUUUAAAAUAAAGUUCCACACAAUUUUAG